AAUUCGUAUUGCUGACUGUGGGAGUACAUUAAAUUGCGCCCUACCCAGCCUACCCGGCUAUACAGCGACGAUAUAAAAGCCGGCCAGCCACACCGUGAUCGCACAACUUUGUUUCGACUAAACUAACAGCGAUCGGGAUGAAUUUUAUUCUCCUGCCGUAUCUCCUAGCCGUUCGUCUGCCGGACAACGAAAACGGAUGGAAGAAUGGACCAGAAUACACAUUCAAUGCAACAGUCUGCACUUAUUUCGAGCCUGGAUCCAGUCCGUCGGAUGAAUCAAAAGCGACCGAGAAUGUGUUCACUGGUACAACCUUGAAGACCAACAUGAAAUGCAGACCCAAGGAACCUAACGAACUGCACUGUCACUUCGAGGAUACGAUGAUAGCCAAUUUAACGACGAAAACAUCGUACGCCGAAUUGGCUGAUGGCCAGUUACAGAUGGCUGCGAAUUACACGACCUUUGACUUUGGGAACAAUUCCUUCGAGAUCAAGUUCAAUGAAGACGGGAUCGAGAGCUACAAAUUCAAUGUGGUACCAGAGCCCGACGAUUACACUGCAACCAUGUACAAAUUGAUCGCGGGUCACUUGAACCUGUGGUCAAAGAUCGACACCGUGAAGAGAAUCAAGAGGAUCGAGAUGACCAGCGUAGGAGGGUGUCCUGUCACCUACGACGUCGAGACAACGAAACCAGAAAACAAGACAAUGGACGGACCGUUCGUGAUUACGAAACCGCUGAAUGUCGACAUGACGGAGGAAUUGGAAAUCAAGAAACAGGUACACUUGGACGAGUGUUCACCUCAAGCGACUCAUAUCUUCGGGAGCCGGCACACCUACGGCAUUAUCCCUGAUGACUCUACUUUGAAAUUGCAAUCCUCCAAAGGCCGAGUGUCCAUUUCAAGCCACAACUUCAUUUCGACGACCUGCAACAAAUUUUACGCGUACGACUUGAACAAAACGAUGAUUGGAACACUCCGUGAUCUGAUUCACUUGACCUUCGACAACGUGGAACCUGUUAAGAAAGAAUUGAGGACUCUUCCCAAUCUCUCGACGCUCGCUUAACGAAAUCGGCGUUACCUAAGAUCUAAGUUGCUUGAAAUAUCGAUAGGGUUCUACGACUCUUCGUCCUUUUUGAUGUAUAAUGUAGCUUGUAUUCGUGAUAACGGAACAAGCGCAGCAUUUCGAUGCUUCAUAGUUGUAUAAAAGAAGAAGGAUCUGUUUUAAUAAAGUUGUUUGAAAACAA